UGUGCAGUUUUUUGUUGUGUGAAGAAGCUCUGUCUGUUUUUGGAUUUGUGUUUUCCCCCUUCCCCUUGUGGAUUCUCCUUUGGAUUCAGCCACUACUUGUUUGCUGCAGCAGCCUCGUCAUCCGCGGCUACAGGUGGCAGUGCAGCUAACUACAGGUGCUAACGUGCCUUCCGGUGCAUGCUGGGAGCUGUGCCGCCGCCCUGGCAACGAGCUGAGGAGAUAAAUAACAUCCGCCCUGUGUGCAUCAGCAUCAGCUGGAUAAACACCUGAUGUGGGCUUUCUUUCCUUUCUGAAAUGGACAGUUUGCAAGCAGGAGAUCCGCGGUACCUGAAAAGGAGAGUGAAGGGCUGUACCCUUGACGUCCACCCGACUGAGAAAGCCCUUGUCGUUCAGUAUGAAGUGGAGGCAACUAUCCUGGGAGAGCUGGGGGACCCGAUGGUUGGAGAACGCAAAGAGUGUCAGAAAAUUAUUCGCCUGAAAAGCUUGAACGCCCACACCGACACGUCCUCUUUGGCUCGGAAAGUGGUGGAGGAAUGUCGGCUGAUUCACCCGUCUAAACUCCGCGAGGUGGAGCAGCUGCUUUUCUAUUUGCAAAAGCGCAAACAAUCAAACGACAACCAGGACAAGAAACGCAUCUCACCUCGAGACUUCACACCUUACGCAGGAGUGGAGCUGGACGAGGAGGCGAGCAUCAACAGCAUCGACGAGUACGUGGAGCUGCUGUAUGAGGACAUCCAGGAGAAGAUCAGAGGAGCCACACUCAUCUUCCAGCUGGCUCGUAACCCGGACAACCUGGAGGAACUCAUACAGAACGAGACGGCCCUUGGAGCCCUGGCCAGAGUUUUGAGGGAGGACUGGAAGCAGAGCGUGGACCUGGCGACAACCAUCACCUAUGUCUUCUUCUGCUUCUCCAGUUUCUCCCAGUUCCAUGGCCUGGUCACACAUUUCAAGAUUGGGGCCCUGUGUAUGAACAUCAUUGAGCAUGAGCUGAAGAGGUGUGACCUCUGGCAAGACGAACUGCAGAAGAAGAAGAAAGCCUAUGAAGAAUCCUCUGAGAACCAAAAUCUGAAGAAAGAACAUGAGAAGUCUUUCAGAAAGUACCAGAGCCUUCGGACCAAGCAGGAGCAGCUUCUCAGAGUUGCUCUGUGUCUGCUGCUGAACCUGGCUGAAGACACCCGCACAGAGCUGAAGAUGAGGAACAAAAACAUCGUCCACAUGCUGGUGAAGAUCCUGGACCGGGAAGACGAGGAGCUGCUGCUGGUGGUGGUGUCCUUCCUCAAGAAGCUCUCCAUCUUCCUGGAGAACAAGAAUGACAUGGCUGAAACAUUCGCCGUGGAGAAGCUGGCUCGGCUGGUUCCCCGCGAGCACGAGGAGCUGCUGAGCACCACCUUACGCCUCCUGCUCAACCUCUCCUUCGACACGUCGCUGCGCAGCCAGAUGGUCCAGGCAGGACUCAUUCCCAAGCUCUCCUCGCUGCUCGCUGACGAGGACCAGAGACAGCUCAGCAUGUGCAUUCUGUACCACAUCAGCAUGGACGACAGAUUCAAGUCCAUGUUUGCCGACACAGACUGCAUACCGCAGCUGAUGAAGAUGGUGUUUGACUGUGGGGAGGAUAAGCUGGACGUCGAGCUGCUCUCACUCUGCAUCAACCUGGCAGCUAACAAGAACAAUGCCCAGGUCAUCUGUGAAGGUAAUGGUCUGAAGAUGCUGAUGAAGCGUGCUGUGAAGCUGAAGGAUGGUCUGGUGAUGAAGAUGAUCAGGAACCUUUCUCAGCACAACGGACCCACCAAGAGCCUCUUCCUGGACCAUGUUGGUGACCUGGCAGCUCAGAUCAGUGAGGUGGAGGCUGAGGAGUUUGUGAUCGAGUGCCUGGGCACGCUGGCCAAUCUGACUCUCCCUGACCUGGACUGGGCGCUGGUGCUCAAGGAGUACAACCUGGUGCCUUACCUGAAAGACAGACUCAAACCAGGUUCUGCUGAGGAUGACCUCAUUCUGGAGGUGGUGAUCAUGAUUGGCACCGUUUCCAUGGAUGACUCUUGUGCAGCCAUGCUGGCCAAGUCUGGCAUCAUUCCUGCUCUCAUUGAGCUGCUCAACGCCCAACAAGAGGACGAUGAGUUUGUGUGUCAGAUUGUCUACGUCUUCUACCAGAUGGUCUUUCACAAAGCCACCAGGGACGUCCUCAUCAAGGACACACAAGCCCCUGCAUACCUCAUUGACCUGAUGCACGAUAACAACGCAGAGAUCCGCAAAGUCUGCAACAACACACUGGACAUCAUCGCUGAAUAUGACGAGGAGUGGGGAAAGAAGAUCCAGACUGAGAAGUUCCGCUGGUACAACGGUCAGUGGCUAGAGAUGGUGGAGAACCGUCAGAUGGACGAAGCAGGAGAGCCUUUCCUUUUCGGGGAGGACGGAGAGUCCUUCAUCGGGAACGGAGACAUCCUGGAGAGACCGGACCUGUUCUACAGUGCUGAUGGGAUCAUCUCAGCAGACGGCGCCAUCAAUCCCGAGUUCUACACAGACUUCCAGAAUGGAGGGCUGGGACAGACCGGACACGUGAGCAGUGUGUCGGAGCAGUUCUUCCCAGCAACAGAUCGACCGGUCAGCGCCUACGGCUUCCGCCCCGAUGAACACUUAUUCUUCAACACUGCCUCCCGGUAAACCUGGAACAUCUUACGCACUGUCUUGCACAUAAAUACUGAACAAACUCUGUUGCACACACGUUGCAGACGUGUCCCUGAUAUCCACCGUGCACUGUCAAAGCUGCGUGCAGAUUCUUUAUGCAUCUCUCCUCACUGCAAAUCAUCUUAACCAUCAGUCAGUCCGUUAUUGAGUCGAACAAUCGGAAGGAAAAAACAUGUUUUUCUUGAUGAUAAAGCACCAAAAAUAAUGGCUUAUUUGAAAAUACUGACUCUCAUUCAGGGGAAAUUCCUGCAGGGAACAAGUGGACCCAAAUGAAAGUUUAAAUAAAAAAAGAUUUUUCCUUCAAUAAUGAAAGUACAUGACUCAUUAAUACAGACUUUUAUGUACUCCUUCAAACUCCUUAAGCCUUAUGAUCCAAUAAAUAUUGAGGUCAGACAAAUUUUAAUGUAGACUUUGGUCAAGAACAUAAUAUUUUUGUGUUUCAUUAUAAACUAGGCAGCCGUUUUCCUAUAUUCUGAUUUUACUGUCCCGUUUGACACAAGCGAAUGUUUCUAGUUAAUCAGAGUCUGCCUGAAUGUUACGAGUCACAAACAUCAUCCUGGGCAAAAGAAUACAGCAGAACGAAUGAGUGUGUUUUGAAAGAUAAGUCUGAUGUUAUCCUAUGUUUUUGUUGAAGUCAACAAAUCUCGUGUGCAGAGCCAAACCACCAGUGUGCUACUGCGUCACUGGUUACUGCUGAAGACGUAAAAAAAAAAAAACACCUCACGAAUAUAGUUUCAUGUUUAAAAAGGGUCAGCAACUUUCUUUAAACAGCAGCUUGCUCUAGUUUCUAUCAAACAAACAGAAGGAAAUAGUGCAUUUGUUGGGGAUGAAUCCAUAUGUGGUGCUCUAGAGAGUAUUCGGCGCAGCAGGAAGGUGUGUGUGGGACUGAGUUAGAAUAAACUACAUUUAUGUGUGUUCAUGGUGAUAAAGGAACAUGUGACAGCGAGUGCUCACUGAUGGAUUUAAUAGUUUUUUUAUGGCUCAGAGGGAGAACAGACAUCAGGCUGUAAGACACACACAGGACUCGUUAGGAGAUACGUUCACUGUUGGUUUAAAUCUGCACACGAGAUUUAUUUACAAGAGGUAAACUAUAGAAUAUCACCAGACCUAUCUGUAUCAGAGAUAACAUUUUAUAAUUCUUCUCUGAACCAGCCUGUGGUAGUUCAGUAGUUGUAAUUAGUUCCCAACUUAUUUUGCAUGUGGCCCCUCAUCGCUGUUUCGAUCUGAAGGACGUCUCAGAUUCAUACCCACAGGUUAGAAACCACUGAAUUAUGUAUUAUGCACCAUGUAGGCGCAUUAGAUAACUAUACAUUUUGGCAAUGCUUUGUGUUACGUGUGUUUUCUUAGUAUUUCCUAAGAUGUUUGCUGGAAAUAACUAGUAACUAUGGAAUUACAGGGAAAAAUACUGUAGACAGUGUUCAAUUUGUACACGUUGAUUUAAUUAAUGCUAGUAUAACUUGCAGAGUCUUGUAGUCAGAAGGUCCGGUCAGCUGAAUGUGCAUAAAUGAAGAAAACGGCUUCCAGUAAUAAAUUAAUAAUUAGCUUAAAUUGAUCUUUUCUUUCGAGGAAAUUAAUCUGGAAAUCUACAAACUCCACACAACUAGCUAAACUCGAGUUAUUUAAUGAUAAUUCCCUAUAAUUAGAACAGAAUUACACUUUUUGUUUUCCAGGAAACUUUCCACAUAAUUAUAAGCAGAUGAUGAACCAUAAAAUAAAGAGCGACCAUUAUUUUCCUCACACGCUGUCACUGGUAGCGUUAGACUGUGUGAACUCCAACUCACCCUGAAUUAAAAUGUUGUUCUCGAUGAUCUUUUUAUUUCUGUGAAUGUAAUUUAAGAAGAAAUGUUAACUACUGAGUUAGCUUGAAAAUGUGUUUUUGAUGUGAACAAAUGUUAAAGAAUCUGCUGCAUCUUUUUUUUUUUU